AUUACAAUCUACUUAUCCAACGUCCACUAGCCUGCUUAGGAUUUUAAAUUUGUUUAAUAAUGACUCAUCAACGCAAGAUAUCGACCCUUUAAAUAAUAAUUUAAACCAAAUGAGCGAAGGCUUAAAAGAAAUAAGUAGUCAUCAAUCAAAUGCGAUGCAAGCACUAUACUAUGGAAAUAAUUCUUAUGAUGCUGUUAAACGGAGCUACGAAAAUGAAAAGAUCUGGAAUAGUCAGCAACUAAAAAACUCUACACAUUUUUACGGAGAUUAUUUACAAAAGCGUGAUAAGGGCCAUUCAAGAGUUUAUCAUGGUCACGAUCACAGAAUCCAACAUGAUUAUUUAUACCCUGAAACUAUAAAUCAUAAUUCACGAAAAUACGACUACACACAAUCUACAGUUGUUAAUUUAUACAUGCAACAAGAUUACAGGAAACAUAAUGUCGCAAAACAAUGCACCCGUAAGUCAGAUAUGAAAGGAACUAACUACGCAUCAUCAGAAUUUGUACCAUACAAAUGUACAAGACGCUCUAAGAGCAAUUGUCAUAAGAAGAAUGAUUGCAUGAUGAUAAAACAGAAAUGUGAAGAGCAGGAGUCUCGGACUACGUUGCUUCCAAGUUCACAGGAAUUUUGCGCAUAUAGUAAUCCUUGGCCACCAAUUAGACAACCUCUGAAAAGCUUAGACAGACGAAAGCAACUGAAGCGACAUUAUAGUGAACGAAAAAGAAGAGUCGCUGAUGAAGAAAAAAACUUUAAGCCGUUUUGGCAGAUGGAUGAGUACGUAAACAGUAAUCAACCACAUUUAAAAUCCAUGAGAUAUACCACACUAUCUAAUAAAAAAAAUCUUCAAAAUAAAAGAACACUCAAACGAAUCAAAACUACUAUGAAAACCGAACCCAUAACUUUGACUUACAAAGAAAGAAGUAACAGUGGUAAGCGCAUUACGGAAAAAUAUUUAUCAUUUGACGAACUUAUGCAUCUCAGAAAACUGAAUGCAGAGGAUUCAGGUGGUCGGCGUUAUUAUGACGAAAAACAAAUACUAAGAGAAUCUAAUACUCUAGCACAAACUGCAAGUGAAACUACUACGAGUCCAUCAACAAAAGUUACACCGGAGUAUUCUUUUAAUACGCCAUAUAUCCGUAUAAAGCACUGCACCCGUAAACUAACAUGUACUUGGACUGCUGCGUCAUUAACUGAUAGUGCAGGCAGUAUUAUUCCAGGAGGUGGUGGUAAUGCGGUCGGUGGUUCUCGCACCCCUCCUGGUUACGUUGAAGGAUGUACACGCACUUCUACGUGUACUCGUGAUUAUAUGAACAGAAAUAAAAUGGCAACAUUACCUAUUGAAACAACAAGUCCUGAACCAGAACCCGGCGAUGAUGAAGACUAUUGUGAACGUCGUUCUCUUAAUAAACGUUCCAACGUCAACUCAGUUCAAGGUAAUCAAAAUAAAACUUCAAAACAAAACAAAUCGUUCUUGAAUGAAUCUUUAAACAAUUCCAUUUGCUACAUUAGAAAUAUCAGAACUAAAAGACAAGAUAAUAUUCGUAAUUUGUCAAUCAUAAGCCUUAUUAAUCGAAAAAGGGAAACUGAGAAACUUAUUACGCAUGAAACAAAUUUAUUGUCUUACGGCGAUUUGUACUAUAAUGUAGUAAAAAAAAUAAUUGAAAUGUGGAAAAUUGCAAAAAGUGCAUAUUCUCAUGAUAAAUGCCUUUGUAAUGAUGUUAAAAAACUAAGUUUUUGUUACUUAUUCUUA